GAGUGCGCGCUGGUAACACGAAACUUAAAUAAUAAUAUUGGUCUUUGCCAGGAUUGAGGCGCUUGGUCUUAAGUUAUGUUUUUCCCCUAAGGUCGUAUGGAUACCCUCGAUAAAUCAACGGAAAGGCAUUGACAGAAAAUGACGAUAGCCAAUUCGAUUUGUCCAUGGGGUGUAAUUUCUUUUGCUGACUGUAAAGCUCGCUCCCAGUGCUCACGCUAGGACACGGCUGAACGCCAGGUGGCGUUGGAAUGAAGAUCCAUGAGAAGAUUCUAACCCAUUACCUGUCCUGCACUUCACCUGUAGAUAAGGAGGGUUACCUCUACAAAAAGAGAGAGAGGAACACCACUUACCUGCGCCGCUGGUUUGUGUUGAAGGGGAAUCUGUUGUUUUAUCAGGAGCGUCCAGGCGAUCGUAACCUGUUGGGUGUGAUUGUUCUGGAGGGCUGCAUGGUGCAGGCAUGUGAGACGGACGGUCAGUUCUGUUUCUCUUUGGUGUUCACCGGACCAGGCCUCCGCACUUAUAGACUAGCCGCUGAUGAUCAUAACAGCCAGGAGAGCUGGAUCGGCGCUCUGUUCUGCGCUAGCCACAUCUACCUUUCUAUGAUUGUCAGAGACCUGGAGAGACGUUACCAAGAAGCUAGAAGAGACAAAGGCCUUUGUGAUUCCAUCCAGACCUCAGCAGUGACUUCUACACCGAAUAAGAUAAUGGCUUCCUGGAAUACAGGACAACCCUAUUUCGUACAUGGGACUUCCAUAGUGCCCAGAGAUGGGCGAAGCUACAGCGCUAGUUCAGCACCACCUCCAUCUAUGCCGAACAGACCCAUCAGCUACAGUCUUCAUGCCCCUCCUAUUCAAUUAAAAACUACCAGUAAGAGAUCUCCAAAGCUCUGGCCCAAGAGAAAUGCCCACGUCACCCCCUUAAAUGGUCCGGCACCAUCUUACGGGGAGUGGCCAGUUGUGGGCUUUGAUCCUUUGGAAGAAUUUAGUAAACUGCAUGAGUACUAUGGAAAUGAGAUUAAGAAACUAAGAGCUGACUGGCUGAAGAAGAAGCGUGAGGAAGUGGGAUACGUUGAGGAGGACCUCAUUGAUCUUGGCUAGAGUGACCUCUUUUGGUUUGUGCAGAUGCAUAUUCAUAUGCAUGUGUUUAGGUUGUCAUCAAAAUAGUAAAUCCUGUUCUAAAACAAUGGAUU